ACAAGUUACAACGUUACCCAGUAAAGUUGCAUACUUCCAUCCUUGUACUUGCACUUCACCUCUACCGAUAUACAUCAAAGAUGGCUACUAGUGUAACAGAUCCGUUGAAUGUUGAUAUUAACUCUAUAAAAAAGGGUGAAAUUCGUAUGGGUACAACCAUCACGGCCCUUAAAUACAACGAAGGAGUGAUUCUGGCCGCAGAUUCUAGGACAACAAUGGGUGCUUAUAUUGCCAAUCGAGUGACGGACAAAUUGACUCAACUGACUGAUAAUAUUUGGUGCUGUAGAAGUGGAUCUGCUGCAGACACUCAAGCCGUGGCUGAUAUUUUGAAAUAUUAUCUUUCCAUGUACGAAGUUCAAUAUGGUAUAACUCCUACUGUUCAUACCGCAGCUACUUUGGCUUCUGAGAUGUGCUAUACAAAUAAGAAUAUGUUGAGUGCUGGUCUCAUUAUCGGUGGCUAUGAUGAAAAGACUGGUGGUGAAGUUUACAGUAUUCCUCUCGGUGGAAGUCUUCAUAAGCAACCCUUAGCGAUUGGAGGUAGUGGUUCAGCGUUCAUUUACGGUUUCUGUGAUGCAAACUUUAAAGAAAAUAUGACAAAGGAUGAAGCAGUUGAAUUCCUUAAGUUCGCUGUCGCCCUUGCUAUGGAACGUGACGGCAGCAGUGGCGGUACUAUUCGAAUGGUUAUCUUGAAUAAAGAAGGAAUGGAGCGUAAAUUUUUUGCCAUUAAUACCGAAAAUCCUAUUCCUCGCUUCUACCGAUAAUUUUCUGCCCACCUUAUGAUUUAGUAAGCGUGUGGUUAUACUUAUGCAUUUUUUUAAGUGGAUUACUAAACACAAUACCUUUCCAUGACUACUCACUACUCAUUUUUAGAGAAAUUGUUGACUAUAACGACCCAUUCAAUGCAAAUAGAAUUUAUACAUUUCCUUCUAUACAUUUUUGGAAUCGGGAUCUAUAACUAUAAAAAUUCAG